GAGACGCCGCUUGGCCUCGGCGUCCCUUCCUCAGCCGAGACGCUCCCUCCCUGGGCAGCAGAGGAGACCGUGAGCACAGGAGAGGAAAACAUGGCAGCAAGGCGGAUGGCACAGGAAUCUUUGGAUACUGUAUUACAGGAGAAAUGUAAACGGUAUGGGGAUUCUGAGGCUGUCGGUGAAGCUCUCCAGCUCAAAGCUCAAGAUCUCUUAAGGACAGGCUCAAGAGCCAGAGCAGAUAUCUACGAGGACGUUCAUGGUGAUAGCAGGUACUCCGCCAGUGGACCUGGAGUGUACUCACUAGACUUGGGGAGAGAGGGCCUGAGAGGUGACAUGUUUGCAGGACCCUCCUUCAGAUCCAGCAAUCAGUCCAUCAGUGAGGACAGCUAUCUUCGCAAAGAAUGUGGCCGGGAUCUGGAAGCAACCCAUACUGACUCCCGGGACCAGAGUUUUGGCCACCGGAAAAUGGGACAUUUUCCUUCUCAGGACUGGAAGCUUGCGCUCCGUGGCACUUGGGAGCAAGACUUGGGCCACCCAGUUUCUCAAGAAUCCUCCUGGUCACAGGAGUAUGGUUUUGGGUCUUCAGUGUUGGGGGGCUUGGCCUCCUCUAGGCGGUUGGAGAAGGAGAAUCCGGAUUAUGACCUGGACCAUCGUGGGGAUGUGAACUCUGUGUCUAGAGGCAGUGGGCAAGUCCUGGCCAGAGGCCGGUCUCUGAACAUGGCUGACCAGGAAGGCACUCUCUUAGGAAAGGGGGACACUCAGGGCCUGCUCACAGCAAAGGGUGUCGGGAAGCUUAUCACACUGAAAAACAUGACCACAAAGAAAAUGCCUGUUGUUGGUCGUAUUACUUCCAAACCUCAGGGCACUAACCAAAUCCAAAAAACCACCCCAAGUCCUGAUGUGACCCUCGGAACAAGCCCAGGGUUGGAUGAAAUCCAGUUGGCUGCUCUGAAGAUGCCCUUGGGGCUGGACCUGAGGGCCCUGGGCUUCCCCAGAAGGAAGCUGGGCUUUGAUACCAUGGAGAAGGCAGAUGUGUUUUCAAGGUUUGGCAUAGAGAUCAUCAAAUGGGCGGGGUUCCACACCAUCAAGGAUGACCUCAAGUUCUCCCAACUUUUCCAGACUCUUUUUGAACUGGAAACUGAGACCUGUGCCAAGAUGCUGGCCUCCUUCAAAUGCUCCUUAAAACCGGAGCACAGAGAUUUCUGCUUUUUUACUAUCAAGUUUUUAAAGCACUCUGCUCUGAAAACACCCCGAGUUGAUAACGAGUUUUUAAACAUGCUUUUAGACAAAGGUGCUGUGAAGACCAAAAACUGCUUCUUUGAGAUCAUCAAGCCCUUCGACAAGUACAUCAUGCGGCUCCAGGACAGGCUGCUGAAGGGCGUCACUCCCCUGCUCAUGGCCUGUAAUGCCUACGAGCUGAGUGUGAAGAUGAAGACCCUCACUAGCCCUCUGGACCUGGCCGUGGCCCUGGAGACCACUAACUCCUUGUGUAGGAAGUCCCUGGCACUCCUAGGCCAGACCUUCUCCUUGGCCUCCUCCUUCAGGCAGGAGAAGAUCCUAGAGGCUGUGGGCCUCCAGGACAUCGCUCCAUCUCCUGCUUCCUUCCCAAACUUUGAGGACUCCACUUUGUUUGGAAGGGAAUACAUAGACCACCUGAAGGCUUGGCUCAUGGCCAGUGGCUAUCCCCUCCAGGUCAAGAGGGCUGUGCCUGCAGAGCCCCGAGAACAGAAAAUCACACCUCAGCCCUGGGCUGCAAGCACUCUGAGCCAAGCAGUCCCCCAGCGGGCGGACCACAGGGUGGUGGACACCAUUGACCAGCUUGUCAUGCGUGUCAUCCAAGGCAGGCUGUCUCCCAGAGAGAGAACACUACUCCUACAGGACCCUGCUUACUGGUUUCUGUCUGAUGAGAGCAGCCUGGAGUAUAAAUACUACAAGCUGAAGUUGGCAGAGUCGCAGCGGCUGAACCACAGCUGGCCCAUCGUGGAACGGAGGCCAACACCAGCACAGUGCGCAGUGCGUGCCAUGCUGUAUGCUCAAGCUGUGCGAAGCCUCAAGCGCAGACUCCUCCCAUGGCAGCGCAGGCGGCUGCUUCGCUCCCAGGGUCCUCGAGCCAUGAAGACCAAGAGAGCUGCCACUGCCCAGCACAUAUCCCUGUCCUCAGCCACUCGGCAGAGACACCAUGGCCGCCAGGCUGUAGGCUCCUUGCAGGUGAAGCCACCACCACGGGACUCAAGUGAUGCUGCCCAGGACUGUCUACCAGAGUCUGCCAAACCCCACCCUCAGCCCUGCAGCCCUGGAGCCUUGGGCACAUCUCGGCCAAUAGAGGAUGACUCAGAAGUCCUGCUGGCCUCUUCUCCCUGCCCCUCUGCUGAUGUAGAUCUAAAGACCAUGGAGACUGCUGAGAAGCUGGCCAGACUCGUGGCUCAGGUGGGCCCUGAAAUUGAGCAGUUCAGCAUAGAGAGCAGCACGGACAACCCUGACCUGUGGUUCCUGCAUGAUCAGAGCAGCUCAGCUUUCAAGUUCUACCGUGAGAAGGUGCUGGAACUGUGCCCAUCCAUCUCCUUCCAGUCUACUGGUGAGGCGGGGGACUCAGAGCAGAGUCCCACAGCCCACAAGGAGGGUGAGGGUGAGCCAGAGGAGGGGCGUCCCCAGCAGGAGGCUACACUGGAGGGCCCUGAGGUGCUGCCUGAGGAGGAGGAAGAUGAUGUGGAAGUCGAGGAGGAUGAGGGCAGAGAGGAGACCUGCACCCUCAGGCCACAGGCAGGAGCUGCCAAAUGUCCAGGCUCCGAGGGCAGCUCCCCCACUGACAGCAUCCCUGGAGAAGGGUCCAGGGAGGACCAGGCUGGCACCCCUGGCCUGUCACAGGCCUCCUCCGGCAGCUGCUUCCCCAGGAAGAGAAUCAGCAGCAAGUCGCUGAAAGUCGGCAUGAUCCCUGCCCCCAAGAGGGUGUGUCUCAUCCAGGAGUCAAAGGUCCAUGAACCAGUUCGAAUCGCUUACGACAGGCCUCGGGGUCGUCCCAUAGCCAAAAAGAAGAAACCCAAGGACCUGGAGUUUGCCCAGCAGAAGCUGACAGAAAAGAACCUAGGCUUCCAGAUGUUGCAGAAGAUGGGCUGGAAGGAAGGCCACGGCCUGGGCUCCCUCGGGAAGGGCAUCCGCGAGCCUGUCAGCGUGGGGACACUCUCAGAAGGAGAGGGCCUGGGGGCUGAUGGGCCAGAGCAGAAAGAAGACACGUUUGACGUCUUCCGCCAGCGCAUGAUGCAGAUGUACAGACACAAGCGGGCCAGCAAAUAGGUGCGCCAGGACCCAGACCAGCACCUGGUGCCAUGAGAGAGAGAGUCUGAAGGAGGCAGAGAGCUUCCCUGCCAUGUGCUCCCUCUUCCUGUCCAGGCAUGCAGAGGAGGAAGCAUCCCCCAUCUCAGCUCCAGUGCCUCUGCCAGGCUUUGAGCAUGCUGUCGUGGGAGCAGGCCACCCUUGACCCUGCCUGGUCUUGCUCAGGGUUUCUCUCAAAGAUGAUAGUCCCUGCAGGAUCAAGCAGCCAGGACAGACUUGAUGAUGAGUGGCCUUGCCCAGCCUGCACCUUCCUUCCUGUGGGCCUCCAAUGCUGGUUCUUGUGGAGGCCUUGGGCCUACAGGCCUCAUCCUUCCCACUCUUGGUUAUUUAUUUAUUUUUUUUUUUACAUUUAGUGGUGUGUGUGUGUGUGUGUGUGUGUGUGUGUGUGUGUGUGGGUGUGUGUGUAAGCAGGUGUGUUGAGUUGCCCAUGUGGAGGGCAGAGGACAACUUAAUAAGUAGUCAGUUUUCCUUGCACCAUGUGGGACCCUGGGAUUGAACUCAGGUCCUCAUGUUUGGUGGCAAGUACCCUUAGCCACUGAGCCCUAUUGAUAGCCCUCAUUCUUGGUUCUUGUCCUUCUCUCCCACAAUGCUCCAUGCUCAGUUCUGAACAGCCAUUCUCUUCCUGACUAGAUCAGAGCCACUGGUGACAGAGAUAACCCUCGACGCAGCCUUGCCCUUCCCGUCACCCUGCCCCGGACGCCUGCAGCCUAAGCCUCGCUCGGUGUGUACUCAGCCAGCUCCACGUCCCCCGGCCAGACCCUCCACCAGGCCUUGCCACUGCACACUGCAGCAGCCACUCUCAGGCACCCUUGCCUUCCCUUCCUGCUUCUGACUCUGCUUCAUCCUGUCUCUCUUUUGUAGGGUGGCACCUCAGCCUUAGUGCCCAGGGCCAGGCUCUCCUGCAAGUGCUGCACCUUCUUCUGUCCCCAGACCUUAUCUGGGGACACAGAGGUUCUGGUGGGGAGGAAGCACUGUAGAUUCUUGCUUUUGAGCAAUAACAUCUCAGCUCCUACAGACUUCUAAGAGCUCUGCAGUCUGAGGCAGGGGAAUAAGGGCAAGUUAAAGUCUAGCCUGGCUGUGUAGCAGGACCCUGUCUUGGGGGACUUCUCCAAAUCUCAGCCUCAGUUUAAUACAACUGAGCUUACGUGCCCAGCACAUACCUGUCUCUGUCCCUGGGGAAUGUAUCCUUAGGAAAACCCCAACCCUUGAACUUGUGACCUCAUUGUGGCUCCCACAGAGCAGUGCAGUGACACUGCUGCACUGUUUCCAUAGACGGUCUUUCUGGGGCCUCUGGAAGGAUGAUGCACUGCUCGGGUGGCUGUCUCAGAGCCUACCUUGUGCCCAGUACUGCUUAUGCCUGCCACCCCUGGUCUGUGCACAUACUCUCUCUGGGGUCCCUGCCUCCCCACCACUAUAGACUUCUGGAAAGCCUGCUGUCAGGGCUGGGGAUGUGGUGGCCAGGUGUCAGCCAUGAGCAUAGGUAAAGGAUCUUGUGUAGUAAUGUUCGGCUUCUGUUACCCCACUGGGCCCCUUCUUCAUAGCUGGUGCAGCCCCAGGCCCACCUGACUCUCUUGUAUUGUCUUGGCAACCCACAGGUCUUUGUAGCUAUAGGGAUGCUGCACUGCAGCUGGGCCACAGUCUUAUCCUUACGCCAGUCUACAGGUUGGGAGAUGACAGGUCAGGGACCCCAGGCUGGUCCUUUCUUUCACUUUUCUAGCCGCUUCCAUAUUGGCAGGACCCUGGUCUAUGGUGUGUUCUGCAAAUGGAGCACACACACUCAUCUCUCCAGCUUCUCUCUAGGCAUCUGCAUUUUGUGCUGAUCCAUUGUGUCUUCAAAAUGAUUUAGGGAAUUUGGGUAUAUGGCCCUGGUGCCAAGUCUCCUGUCACUCUUGGAACCGAGACCAUCAGGAGCUGCUUCCCAAGCUGAGAAUGACCUUCUUGGUGCUCUUCUGGGGACAGGGCAGGUGGUGGGGAGAGGGAGCAUAUACCUCACACUGGUCCAUGCGAGCUGCAUGACCCUCCUCUCACACACACUGCCGUCCUUGCCCUCCUGGGGCCACCUUGCUCUCCAGCCAAGUUGCUCUGUGGGCAGGGCUAUGGAGGACACCUGAUGCACAUUCAUGUGGCCUUGUCCCUGUCACAGUGUUUCUCCUGUCAUUCUAGUUCCAGGGUCACUUCCACAAGGGCCAUGGAUUCCAAAAGCUGUGCUGGCCUGGCCUGCCGUGGCUCUGGCGCUCUCCUGUUCCUGGAAGUACUUGGUGAAGGUUGUUUCUGGUCCCUGGUAAAACGCAGAAGAACACUGGUGAUGUCACACUUGGACGUUGUUGUGUUUGUGAGGAUCUGAGAUGUCAUGGUGUUGUCGUGUCAAGUGCUCAGAAUAAAUAAGGAGCAGACCCGCCA